AUGAUUAUCAAAGAAAUAUUUUGUAAACUAAAUAACCUUAGACUUUAUAGAAAAUAUACUCCAAACUGUAGAUCUCUUAGUAAUGAUAUUUGGAAUGAAGAGUUGACAAUAGAUUUAAAACUAAAAAUUGAGAAAUACUGGAAAGAUAAACUAUGUAAAGGUAGUUUUGAUAAAAAUAACAUCGAUAAAAAAUUCUAUGUGUUGUCAAUGUUUCCUUAUCCGUCUGGUCACUUACAUAUGGGUCAUGUUCGAGUAUAUGUAAUUGCAGAUUCGAUUGCUAGGUUUCAUCGAAUGAAUGGACAAAAUGUAUUUCAACCUAUGGGAUGGGAUGCAUUUGGGCUACCUGCUGAGAAUGCAGCUAUACUGCAUGGAUUACCUGCUGAUAAAUGGACUAAUUCAAAUAUUGAUCACAUGAAAAAACAGCUUCAAGAGCUUGGAUGCAGUUUUGAUUGGUCCAAUGAAAUAACAACUUGUGAUCCAUCUUAUUAUAAAUGGACCCAAUGGUUUUUUUUAAAAAUGUUUCAAUCUGGACUUGUUUAUUCUAAGGAGGCUGAAGUUAAUUGGGAUCCUGUAGAUGAAACAGUGUUAGCUAAUGAACAAGUAGAUGAAAAUGGACGUUCUUGGCGAUCUGGUGCAAUUGUUAAGAAAAAAGUAUUGAAACAAUGGUUUAUAAGAACGACACAAUUUUCCAAAGCUCUGUUUGAAGGACUAAAUGAUCCAUCUUUAAUAGAUUGGAGGGAUAUUAUUAACCUACAAAAACAUUGGAUUGGAGAAUGUGAUGGAUAUCAAUUUGAUUUUCAACUAUAUGCUGAUGAUGUAUGCAGAACAAUUCUUAAUGUUUGGACACAACACCCAGAACAUGUACCGUUAGCUUCAUUUAUUUGUGUUAAGCCUGAUUCUUUUGUACACAAAUAUUAUGUUCUGAAUCAUAAAAAUGUAUACAUCAAGAAUUCAAUUACUGGUAGUAUAUUACCGGUUUUAGUUACUGAUCGUGUUGAAUAUCCAGAUGGGCAAGAAUCACGUUUAGCUGUGCCAUAUGUAAAUUCUAUUGAUAAAGAAUUAGCUAAGGAGCAUAAUAUUUCUUAUUCUGUAAACCAAAGUUCAUAUUUAUCUAGAGAAACAAUUUGUGAAAAAGCAAAAGAAUUAAAUGUUGGUGGUUAUCAAGUAAGCUCUAAAUUACAAGAUUGGCUAAUAUCUAGACAAAGAUAUUGGGGUACUCCUGUACCAAUUAUUCAUUGUACCGAUUGUGGAGCUCAAGCUGUACCUAAAGAUCAAUUGCCAGUAAAAUUGCCAAUGCUUGAUGUACAAGGUGACAAAAAAUUUAAAUCGUUAGAGUUAGUUGAAGAAUGGAUCAAGACUACUUGUCCAAAAUGUGGUAAAGAGGCAAGGAGAGAAACCAAUACUAUGGACACAUUUGUGGAUUCCAGUUGGUAUUACAUGAGAUAUUUGGAUCCUAAAAACUGUUCUCAACCGUUUGAUAAGACUUUGAUCAACAAAAUGAUGCCUGUUGAUAUAUAUGUUGGUGGAAAAGAACAUGCUGUUUUGCAUUUAUAUUAUGCGAGGUUCUUUAACCACUUUUUACAUUCCAUUGGAUUAUCUCCUAGUUUAGAACCAUUUAAAAAACUAUUGGUCCAAGGCAUGGUGAUGGGUCAAAGUUUUAAAAAUAAAAUUAAUGGUACAUAUUUAAAAGAAGAUGAAGUAAUUAAAAAAGGUAAAACAUAUUUCACUAAAGAUGGGGACUACCCAGUUAUUGUAACAUGGGAGAAAAUGAGUAAAUCUAAACACAAUGGUGUUGAACCAAAGAAUACAAUAAGUAACUAUGGAGUAGAUACCAUGCGAUUAUUGGUAUUGUCUAGUGUUGCUCCUACAUCUAAUAGAAAUUGGAAUUCCGAUACAUUUCCUGGAAUUUUAAAUUGGCAACAUAGAUUAUGGUUAACUAUAAGAGAAUUUCGAGCUCUUAGAAAUAAUGAUGAUAUCCAAAGACAUACAAUUCACUCGUCUAUAUUCCAAAAGGAAGAAAUUAAAUUACAUGAUGCACGUAAUUAUCAUGUCAAAAAAACUUCAAUUAACUUCAGAAAAUCAUAUCAAUUAAGUGUGGCCAUUUCAAAACUACAAGGAUUGACAAAUAUUUUAAGAAAGUCUCCUAAAGAAUUGAUAAAGUAUAGUGCAGAAUAUGAAAGAUUACUGGCUGUUCAAAUAAUAAUGUUAACUCCGAUGGCUCCACACUUUGCAUCUGCAUUAUGGAGUGGAUUUGUAUCUGCACCAGGUCGCAUAAAUCAUAAAUGGGAACAAAUUAAUUGGGAAAAUGAUGUAAUUAAUCAAAAAUGGCCUCAAGUGGAUAGCGAUUAUAUUUUAAAUUUAUAUUGUGUGGUUAACAAUGCUGUUAAAUGUGUAUUGCCAAUGCCCAAAAGAGAAAUGGCAUUACUUACUAAAGAAGCAGCUAUCAAAUUAGCUAUGUCUCAAGAAAUUAUAAAAGAGUAUACAUCAUCUUGGAAUAUUAUUGAUAUUGGAUUCCAAUCAUACGAGGACAAUGAUACAUAUGUUUUCAUUAAGACUGACCGAAAAUCUGCUGCAAAGGAUAAAUAGAUCCACCAAUUACAAAAUUAUUAUCAGUAAUAUUUAGUUAUAAAAAUCAUAAUACAUAAUAAUAUUACAUUAACUAAUUAUAGAUAUUCCAUAGUCCAUGUACAUCAUAAAUAUAAAAUUAUAUUUAAUAAACCAAA